UUCCGGUUUCACUCUGGACCUCAGCGCGCGCGAACUCGGGAAAAAUAUAUCGAGACUUUUCUCUGCCAUCCAGGACUGUUUAAUCCUAUUCAAAGUGUGGUUUGGAAUGAUCACUGGACGCUUAUUCCCUUCAUGGACUUAAUAUUGGCUUUAGUAGCACCUUAAAGAGAAAGAAGAUCACCUGUAACAGUUGACCAAUGACACCUGUUGUCUCUUCAGCGCUCGCUUUAAGAGAAACUGCUGUAAACAAACCACGGGGAUAUUUGAACGUUUGAUGACGCAGUUAAGAUGAAAGUUACUGUGAAUUUCGGGGAAACGAGGAUUGUCGUCCCGUGUAAAGACGACUGGAUGGUACGGGAUUUGAUCGUUCAAGCCACUCAAAGAUACAAGAAGAUUAUUGAACAGGAUGGGGAAUUCCUGGUGCGGACACACCAUGUGGAGUAUGUUGAUGGGGGGAUCCUGGACCCAGAUGACAUGCUGACAGACCUGGUGGAGGACAAAGACAAGCUGAAGGCUGUGUAUGAGAAGAUGGAGCUCCAGCAGAGAGCGAUGUUGAGUCCCGGAGGGAGUGUGGCGUCCGGUCGCUCCAGCCCUGACCCUUCUGAACCUGAGCUCAGCUUCCUGCAGCCCUACCUGGGCAGUGAGAUAGAGGUUACCCCCUCCACCCUCAAAUCAACCACUCCUCUAUCCGUGCGAAGCAGCAGUGACCCUGCCCUCGCCCCGCCCCUGGAAGUCAUUUCACUGGACCCUGAGGACACCAGCAGACCCCAGUCCACUGGUGUUGGUCAUGCAACCACUGUGAAGGGAGGAGCCAUGGACAAACCCAAGGUGGACGUCCCAAACUCCUGGACUGGACAAGUCGACUUAAGCAGUCUAACACGGACGGUGGAUAUUUCUGGAGACCUCAGACCUCUGGGCAUCAAAGUCAUAUCAUACAGCUCCUCACUGAGUGGAAGGACUCUGGGUCUAAAUAUCCGAGCCAUCGAGAAGAACAGCCGCUCCGAACAAGAGGGGGUCUUUGAAGAGGACGAGUGCAUCGUGCAGAUCAAUGACACCGAGUUAAUAGACAAAUCCUUUGCUCAGUCUCAAGAGGUGUUUCGCCAAGCCAUGUCUUUACCCACCAUGCGUUUGGAGGUGCUUCCUGUCGCCAACAGGCUCCAAUAUGAGAAGAGCCUCAUUGGGCAGCUUUUCAACAACACUGAACCAAACCCUGUGGUCCCUAAAGUCAAGAGUCCUUUCUUGGUUCAUAAACUCAAAAGCAAUACAUCUACACCAUCUCCAGAGCCUCCUGCCUCACAAACCCCGCCCCAAAAGGAGGAGGAGAUUCAGCCUGCAAGACACACCCCCAUUGAAACAGAUCAUCGCAGAGCCACGUCUUCUCCUCCGGUCAGCACGUCACCGACCCUGAAAGAUCACAGUGAGAGCCCCACCCCCAAAAAGACCCCCGCCCUUGGCACACUAGUUAAUAUGAUCAACAAAAAGCCUGGGAAGAAAAUGAAGAUCGAUUUGAAGAAAGGUACGGAGGGCCUUGGAUUCACCGUGGUAACCAGAGACUUGUCCCUUCAUGGUCCAGGACCCAUUAUGGUCAAGAGCAUCCUGCCCCGCGGAGCUGCUGUUAAAGAUGGACGGCUCAAGUCUGGAGACCGUAUCCUGGAGGUAAAUGGAGUGGACAUCACAGGACGCACACAAGAGGAACUGGUGGCUAUGCUGCGGAGCACCAAACUGGGAGAAACCGUGUCUCUGGUAGUUGGAAGACAAGAGGAGUUUUUGCCCAGAGAACUGAAAGGAGAGCCAUCAGGUCCGCUUCUGUCUGAGGAUGGGCGGGAGCAGCUGAUGUUUGAAGUUCCUUUGAAUGACUCGGGCUCAGCUGGUCUAGGGGUCAGUCUGAAGGGUAAUAAGUCUCGAGAGACUGGAGACGACCUGGGCAUCUUCAUCAAGUCCAUCAUCCACGGCGGCGCCGCACACAAGGACGGUCGCUUGCGUAUCAAUGACCAACUGAUAGCUGUUAAUAGCGAAUCUCUGCUCGGACGCUCCAACCAUGAUGCCAUGGAAACCCUGCGCCGCUCCAUGUCGACUGAAGGGAACCUCAGAGGAACCAUCCAGUUGGUGGUUCUGCGUACUCUGGAGCACUCGCCUGUACAGGAAAAUCAAGAAAGCAGUCAAACUGCCACCAGAAACGACUCUCCUGUUCAUCAUCUUCUUAACAGCAACCACACCAACAGUUCCGUACCACCAUCCACAGCAAGCAGUCGUAUGUACGAGCCUUCUUCUGCUCUGCACGGAUCCCAUGGUGGACGACAGGAACUUCUGGAGGAAGAUUACGAUGAAGACGGUUUCCCCCCUCCACCUUCUGAUCUGGACCUGCUGGAAACAAACCCUCCGCACAAACACCAACAAGAUCGGGCUGAAAUGGAGCCUGUUUCAUAUAUGAUCCACCCCACCAACCAACAAAACCCUCAACGACAGAACAACCCAGAUUACCCCACCAACAAGUCCUCCAAGAGCAUGGAUUUAGUGGCGGAUGAGAGUAAUGUGGCCUCCAUUCAAGGACAGAGAUCUGAUGACUCUGAGGAAGACUCCGGAAGAGACACACCUGCCAGCAGCUCCUCUCGACAAGAAGUAGAUGAGGACAAGAAGGUAAAGAAAAAGAAAACCAAAAAGAAGAAAGAGAAAAAGAGCAAAAAGAAGGACGAGCCUGAAGACCCUGAGAAGAAGGCAAAGAAAAAAGGAUUUGGAUUGUUGAGGUUUGGGAGAAAAAACAAAUCCAAGGCUAAAGAACUGGGAGCUUUGAGCGAAGAGGAGGUGGACAAGAGUGAACCUGAGAUGUUUCUGUCAAAGAGUGAAAGGAACAGCCCUGCUCUUGACCGCGCCAUCUUCCCGGACGUCGAAGACGAUGACCUGGAUCCCAACUAUGCUCGCAUCAACAAUUUCAGAGAACCUCCCGCCUCCAGCCACUCCCCCUAUCCACCUGGAACUCCCACCCAUAACUACAGUCAGCCUACUCUGCCCGCCCCCAACAGAGAGCCACCCAAUGAGGACGCGCUAGAGGGGCUUUAUGCAAAAGUGAACAAGCAAAGAACCGCUCCUCCAAAGACUGACAGUAAUGAAGAACGAUUGCAGCAAAUCAGGAAUCAGCUUCAGCAGGUGAGACCAGCUCCAUCCUACGACGACCUGACAGCCCGAAGACGACCGGAGUACGACCCUUCACGAAUCAGAGGGCCUGAUCCACGAAUAGCUCCGAGAUACAACGACACUGAUCGACUAUAUGCCUACGUGCCCAGGAGGAUGCCCAUGGAGGACUACCCGAACCAGAGAGACCCUGUCCACUACCCCAACCCCAUCUACGAGACCCAUCAAGACAACUAUCCUCCACGCUCUCCCCGGUUGCCUGUACCCAGACCCACGGAGGCCACGGGUGGUUACUACCCCUCAUCUCCAGCCCAACAGAGGGGUCCCAUGAGGCAGCAUGUCCCUCCUUCUUUGAACCCAGGUGCCAAAGCCCCACCUCAAUACGAAACGCUAAAACAAGGGAACUAUCGGGCGGCCAGUCCUGAUCAUUACGGGGCAUACGGAGAUGAACAAUACCAAGAUCCCCGGCAGAAAAAACCAAUGAUUGGAGCCGUCUAGAGGAGGAGGAAGUAGGUUUGUACUGAAAAAGUUAAGUGAUUAUAUAAUUUUGUCCAUUUAAAAAGACAUUAAAGGAACAAUCUAAUUAGUUUUCUUAGACUUAUGAGAAAAAAAAAGGCAAAUACAGUUGGCUUGACAUAGCCAUUGAUUAUUCUAUAGUGAACUAUUGAAGUAAAAUUAGUUUUUUUGUUUUGGACGUCAGCUUUUUUUCCUCUUAAUUAGUAUCAGUUCUGAACAGCAAAUGAGUUUUACGCCAGUUGAGUCGGUUAAGUUUGAAGGAAGCACAUAGGGUUUGUAUAUAUGUUCGUUUUGCAUGAAUUUAAUUCAUGAUGCCACACAAAUGUGUAUAUGAUGGUGUGCCGUGGUAAGUAUGGCCACUUCAUCCCCUCAUGAUUAUGUAUUGUUUUGUUGAUGACAUGAUUGGUAGUCGCUUAUUAACCUAAAAUGUCAGAUUUUCUCAGAGCAUUGUUUGUUUAUAUAUUGGGUGCCUUGUGCUCGCUUGGGUGCGAAGUUUUUAAAUGUAAAAAAAUUCACCAUUUAGUUUACUUUUUGUGGUUAUAAGAAAUUUUAUUUUUUUCCUUUGCAGUGACUCCUAAAAGACUCCACUUACUCUGUUUUUGUUGUUUUCAGUCCUAAAGUGUUUUUCAUUGCUAUGUUUUGAGGAUAAUAUUCUCUUUCAACGACCUCUCUCCUUGAUUCAUUUUAGUAAAGCUGUUCCGAGGCCCAAAAACAACAAAACGGGCAAGGUUACACAAAUAGCUGAUCCGAUAUCAAAGUCUCAAUCCGUUUUGGCUUUUGUUGUCAAGCCUUUUCUUUUAUCUUAGGUCAAGGUUUUUACAUUCCUGGCAUUUGUUUUCCCAUUCAGCCAUUCUAUCGUAGUGCUGCAUGAAAUACUGCCCCCUAGGUGCAAUACACAAUGCUCUCUGCACAGGGCUCUUGUAGUGCAUAAUCGUUGUUGUUGGAUCAUUGCUUUAAAGUGCACCUAUUAUGCCCCUUUUUACAAGAUGUAAUAUUAAUCUUGAGUGU